CUUGAGUGAGUAUAUAUUACAACCGCCCCCCUAGUUACAUAUAUAUCAAGUGACAGUUUUCGUGCGAGUGUUACUCCUUAAAUCUUUUGUUUACCUACUUGAAAUAUUGCUUUGAUGGCAAAUAUUGGAGAUAGUUAUAGUUUAACGUAGUAGUUGUGUGUAUUUCGAGUCGGUCAACGCAGGUAUUUCGGAUAUUUUUGACACGGAAACAAUUUAAGUUUACAAAGAACAUUUGGACUUAAUUAUAAAUUUUGUGAAUUUAAGAAAAUCAACGUCAUUCGAUAUGGCUCACCCUUUAUCAGAACAUCAAAUCGUAGAGCUAAAGGACGCGUUCGCGUUGUUUGACAAGAACAAUGACGGCUUCAUCAACUUUACCGAACUCAAGGACAUGCUGAUCUCCAUGGGAACGGACACGCCCAACUGGAAGGUCAGGCACGUGCUGAAUGACGUCGAUCAGGACGGUGACGGCAAAAUCAACUUCGCUGAGUUCCUCAACCUGAUGGCGCGCAAGGGCCUGUCGCCCCCGGAAGAGGGCCAGAGCGAGCUGGAGCAGAUGUUCGCCAUCUUUGACCGGGACGGCGACGGUUUCAUCACUCACACCGAGAUGAAGAGGGCACUAGAGGAGACUGGAGGACACGUGGCGGACUCCGAGGUGGAGAGUAUGAUUCAGGAGGCAGACACGGACAAGGACGGCAAGGUUUCCUUUCAAGAAUUUGCUGAGACAAUGAAGAAUAAGCAUCCUGAUGUGUACUCAUAGCGACUGUGAUACCGACAUGUACUACUACGAUUUUACUUGUAUAUUUUGAAGAGCAUGAGCUACAACAAUAGUUUUUAUUGUUUUGAUCAACUGGAUCUCUAAAAGGCACUUAUUGUCUAUACAUUGUUGCCGCCAUACAUGUUAUUAAAAAAAAUUGCAAUACAUUUUACAUUUUAUUAGAUGCAA